AUGGAGCUUAUUUAUAACAUCUUGAACUUCAUUAGAACAACUCCCUGUGAGAAUGAUGUCAUCCACAUAAACCAAGAGCCGAUACCGAGCGUCACGUCUUACGGCAGAGAUGAUGUUGGUCUUAAAGGAGAGCCGAAAUCAUUCACCAUUGAUUUUGAAUCGAGACCGAGCGUCAUUUCUUACAACGGAAAUGAAGUUGAUCUUAAGGGAGCUAAGAAAUCAUUCACGAGUGACUUUGAACCGAUACCGAGCGUCACGUUUUACGGCGGCAUUGAUGUUGAUCUUAAAGGAGUGAAGAAAUCAUUCACUAGAGACUUUGAACCGAGACUGAGCGUCACGUCUUACGGCGACAAUGAUGUUGAUCUUAAAGGAGUGAAGAAAUCAUUUACUAGUGAGUUUGAGUCGAGACCGAGCGUCACGUCUUACGGUGGCAAUGAUGUUGAUCUUAAAGGAGUGCAAAAACCAUUCACUAGUGAUUUUGAGCUGAGACCGAGUGUCACGUCUUACGGCGGCAAUGAUGUUGAUCUUAAAGAAGUGGAGAAAUCAUUCACUAGUGAUUUUGAGCCGAGAUCGAGUGUCACGUCUUACGGCAGCAAUGAUGUGGAUCUUAAAGGAGUGGAGAAAUCAUUCACUAGUGAUUUUGAACCAAGACCAAGUGUGAUGUCUUAUGGUGACAAUGAUGGUGAUCUCAAAGUAGUGGAGAAAUCAUUCACUUGUGAUUUUGAACCGAGACCAAGUGUCACGUCUUACAGCGCGAAUGAUGUUGAUCUUAAAGGAGUGGAGAAAUCAUUCACUAGUGAGUUUGAACGGAGACCGAGUGUCACUUCUUAUGGUCAAAAAUCGUUCACUAGUGAUUUUGAACUGAGACCGAGUACCACAUCUUAUGGCCAGAAAUCGUUCACUAGUGAUUUUGAAACGAGACCAAGUAUCACAUCUUAUAGCAAGAAAUCAUUCACUAGUGAUUUUGAACCAAGUCUGAGUACCACAUUUUAUGGCUAG